GGGUGCCCAGAAUGAGGACAAUUCACAGAUUUUUGUGAUGAAUAACUACUUCGGUAUCGGGAUUGAUGCCGAUCUUUGCCUUGACUUCCACAAUGCUCGAGAGGAAAAUCCCAACAAAUUCAAUUCUCGUCUGCACAAUAAGGGUUAUUAUGUAAAGAUGGGUCUGCGAAAAAUUGUUGGCCGCAAGACAGUUAAAGACCUGCAUAAAGAACUAAAAUUGGAAGUUGAUGGCAAAGUCGUUGAACUGCCACCUGUUGAGGGCAUAAUUAUUUUAAAUAUUUUGAGUUGGGGCAGCGGCGCUAAUCCCUGGGGCCCUGAUAAGGAUGACAACUUUUCUACGCCAAAUCAUUACGACGGCGUGUUGGAGAUUGUUGGUGUUACAGGUGUUGUUCACUUGGGUCAAAUACAGUCUGGAAUACGUACAGCGAUGAGAAUAGCCCAAGGCGGUCAUAUAAAAAUUCACUUAUAUUCAGAUAUGCCAGUUCAAGUCGAUGGAGAACCUUGGGUACAGAGUCCUGGUGAUGUAGUCGUUUUGAAAUCCGCUUUAAAAGCCACAAUGUUGAAAAAGAACAAGAGCAAAAUGAAGCGUCGCAACACAGAGCCAACAAUGGCACUCAUCGGUACAGCAACGCCACAAUUCUCGCUGGCACCAACAACUGUGUUGGCAGCUGCCAGUGACGCAAGCUUAGGCGAUACAAACACCGAAGAUGCUCCAAAUAAUACCGACUUCUGAAUAUGGUACAGUGAGCGUUUGAUUUAACGUGCUAAUUAAUUUACUGAAUUUCUAAAAGGCAUGUAAUUGAAAAUCUAUUUUUACGUUUCGUGUAAUUCAAAGUCAACGAUUUUAUUUUGUUUUUUUUUUUUUUCAAAUAAUCAAACAUUCCAAAUGUUAACAACCUAUGUACAUGUUUUAACAAAGCGUCCAGGUAUUUUUCAAAUAUAUAUGUAUAUAUGUAUAUUAAUAAAAAAUAUUGAAUUUUUAAACCGCUGUUUUCCCCGAGACGCUAUUUGACUCAUAUAAAUGCAUUCAUACAUACAUAUGUAUUUAUGUAUAUGUAUACUUUCACAUACAUAAAUAUGUAUGGAUGAAUUAAUUUUUAUAUAAAUAAAAAGUCAAAUGUAUGUACAUAUUUACUGAGUUAAAAUUCAAUAAGCCGCCCAAUCAAUCCUAUGUGAAUGCUGUGGAGAACUUCUUCUUCAAAAAUGCACUCCAACGUUUUCAAAAUACUUAGUAUAAAGGUAUUGUAAAAUUGUUUUUUUUUUUUUACAAUAAAAGACCGUUUCAAAGGCACUGGUUUUAUUUGAAGUAUUUGUGUGAUUAGUACGUUAAAUGCAAGUCGCUCUCUGUAUUCUAUUCAUUUAUUACUUAUUAUUCACUGAUAUUACAAAUAAGAGAAAAAUAAUAAUGACCGGUUCUGAAUUCAUGAGUAUAUAGAAACGUACAUAUGUACAUAUGUAGCACCUAAUAACUAAUCAAAAUAUUAAAGACCUACAACAAUUAGAGAAAACACUCCUAAAAAACAUAUGUAUAUGUCUACAAAGCAAAAACGUUGCCUAAAUUUCUACAAGAUAACUUGAUUUGAAUGGUUAACAGUAACAACCGAUACCAAGAAAGGAAAGGAAAUUUAUUGUAAAAAAAGUUUCAUGAAACCAUUAAAGUUGAACUAUGUACAUAUGUACAUGCAUCUACCAAGCGUUGAAAUCCAAUAUGUAUGUAGGUAUGUAAAUAAUAGGAUGAGAUCAUACAUAUAUAUGUACUUAAUUUGAUGGCUAAGUUUAGUUCCAUUACUAUCCAAAUUACCUACAUAGAUUUUGUUUUAAAUUAUGUUCAACUGCCUAUUUUUCUCCUAAACCUAAUUUGCAAUAGGGUCAGUAUUGCGAUAAGGAGGUAAGUAGCAAAUAGAAAAUUCGAAAAAUUCCAAUACGACCUAACCUAACUCCGUAAUUGCUCUUAAAAUUAAAGUAAAUUUCUGAUUGCAUCGUAUUUAAUUUAUUCCAACCUACAUAAAACCUUGUUAACUGUUUGAUAAAGAAAUCAACUAGUAGCUUCCAAGCUACUUUUGUUUGUUUUAAAUUAAAAUUUGUAAAUUGUUUGAUAAAGUCUAAAUGCUACAUAAAACUUCAAAAGAGUAAUAUUUAGAGAUAUGUAAGACAUCAAAACGGUAAUAAUUCGUUGUUGUGCGUACUUACCUAGUUAUGAUACAAGUGAAAGUAAUAUAACAGAAUUUAGAAAACUUACUUAAAGCAUACAACAACAAUGCCAACAAGUAAACUGUAAACAAUUAAUGCUUAUAGUUAUUGAUUUUUUCAAGUUCAUAACUUUAGCAUUUACAUAUAUAUAUACACAUUUAUGAAAAAUUGUGAAAAAUAAUUAAAUGCUAAUUUUUUGCUAAAGAUUGUUGCCUAGGCGUCACGGAACUUAGACAUCAGUGCUUUAGCAAUCCUAUUUACAAUCACAUAUACAUUUAUACAUAAUACACGUUUUAUUCAAAACUUCAUUAUCAAAUAGCCAAAUACAUAUGUAUUUGUAAAAACAAAUUGAAUAAAGUACAGAGAUAAAUCGCCUUCACUUGCUGCGAUUAGGGGCUCAGUGAAUGUGGAAUAAUCGGCAGCGUAAAAAAGCGUCCGUGAACCAUAUUGGCCGUAACACACUGCAGACUCGAGUCGACUUAACAACGUGCCUUGCACUUACAUAUGUAACACCUGCACACACAAUAAUUAUGUUUAUUUAAAUACAUCUAUACAUAAAAAAAAAAAAACUUAGUAAUUAAGUUUUUAUUUAAUUGUAGGCGGUUGCAAGCUAUGUUGCUAAGUUAAGCGUGUUAGGUCAAACUUUUGAUUAACUGCAUUCACAAAAAAUCUGCAGCUGGUGGGCGAUUUGAAACUGAAACUCAAGAACAUAGAAAUUAAGCUAAGGAAUGAAUGAUUAAAAAAAAGCCAAUACUGUUAAUGCCAUAUUUUUUUAGCUGAAAGUAUGGACUUAAUGAAAAACGCUCCUCUAAUCAUAAGAAAUCUUAGAAAGCUAUGUAAGUAUAUAAAAGCUGAAUAAAUACUUACAAAAUAUGCAAAUAUUUAAAGAAAUCCAAAACAUAAAUAUCAAUACAAAUUGGACUACAGAAGUUAUGUAAUUAAAUAUUAGAAAUCGAUGUAGUGUUUAGCAAUAAGUGGUGAACUAAAUUAUAAAAGAGAAUGCUAAAACUUAAAAAAUAAAUUGAAAACAAGCAAAUUAUGAAACAAAUGAAAACAUAAAGGCGAUCAAAAAUUUCUGCAAACAUACUGUCAAACAAAGUGAAUAGGAAAGGGAGCGUAGUUCCUCUCUGGCGAAAAAAUUAAGCACAUGACAUCCCGAUCUCUCUCUCGGUAUUUUAUUAAAGUUAAGGUAUAGAGAAUGAUGCGAGCGUUCAUUCCUUUUUUCUAAACCACAGUAUGUAGAGGCAAACAAAUUAAAAUCCGAAGCAAUGGUGAGUAGAUGAUUUUUAUCUUAGUUAAGCGUAAAGGACAUUUCCUCUAUAACAUAACGGUUUAGAAAUGGAAUUGGUUGCUUUGAUUGGUUUUCGAACUCACCGAAAUGCAUACAAAAGUAUUUUGAUGAGAUUUACAAAAGAAUACAAAAACAUCAUAGCAGAUUCGCAUCACUUUAGAUUCAACCUGUCCAUACAUGCUCUUUAAGAAGUUGGCCUCAGAGAUAUUAUAGUAAAUUACAUAUAUACCUACAGAUGGAGGGCAUAAAAACAAAAUCAACAAUUUGCUUGCAGACGUAAAUACUGAAUGAAAUGUACAAAACUAUGCACCUAGCCGUCAACUCCACAAAGAUGUAGAAUAAAAUAAAAAGUGUUUACGCUCAUAUUUAGUAGGUAUGUACGCAAAAAAACGGCAGCACUACGAACUCCAGACCCACAGCACCACAGGGGGUUUUAAAAACUUCUUGCGUCUAUUUAUUUAUAUUUAUUGAGUGUACAAUAGUUACUAUUCCAGUAAUUUGAACAUACUGGAAACAUGCACAUAUACAUACAUACAUAUAAAUAUCUACAUACAUACAUUGACAGAACUUGUCUUCUUUAAUUAAAAAAAUAUGUAUGUAUGUACAAUAAAAUAGAUAUACAUACAUAUACUAUAUUGUUGGUACAUACAGCAAUGACGGUCGAUUUUAGGCGGAAGGAAAUCGCCACAUUAUUAUUACCUGCUACAUACCUACAUUUGUAUUUAAUUUCAUAAAAUGCAAUAGGACCAAACACCUGCCCUCAUUAUGUGCUAAACUAAACAUUUUUGUUGUUGUUAGGCAACUAAAUAAAACGUUCUUAACAGUUACUAGAUCAUGUAAUUCUACACAAAAUUAUUUGCAAAUGCGAAACCAGUUGUCCAGCAUCUUUUUUCCAAAAAAGCUAAAUACUUUUGUAUAUGUGUAUGUAUGUAUGUAUGUAUGUAAACACAUAAGUAUGUACAUACGUACAAAUAUACAUUAACACAAAAUUAACUUUACUUUGAAGAAAUCACAAACACCACGAAAAAACUACAAAUGAUCCUAAAAACUUAUUGAAUAAAUGCAAGUGUGCAAAUAGAAAUCAACAAAAAUGAGCAACUACAAAAAUAAAUGUAACUAAUGACAGAAGUAAAGAAGA